AUGGGGCUGUCACCGGACGAGAUCACGAUGUGCCGAAAGGCCUUCGCGCAGUUCGACGCCGACGGGAGCGGGACGAUCGACGUCUCCGAGCUGCGCACUGCGCUCGAGGCCCUGGGGCAGCAGCCCACGGAGGACGAGCUCUUCAACAUGAUCGCUCAGGUGGACGAGGACAACAGCGGGCAGAUCGAGUUCCGGGAAUUCCUCAAGGUGAUCGAGUCGCAGAAGCAGGCGAACGCGCGGAAGGACGACGAGUCGGAGAUCGUGGCGGCCUUCGUGGCCAUGGGCGGCGCGGCGGACAAGAGUGGGUCAGUGUCGGCGGCGCGGCUGAAGGAGACGAUCAAGGAGUUCGGGCUGACGAUCGACAUCGAGAAGAUGAUCCGGGAACUGGACAAGGACGACUCCGGGCUCCUCGAGUACCCCGAGUUUAAGGCGAUGCUCAUGUAA